AAUUGUAGUUGAAUAUGUAUAUUCUCUUCCUGGUUACAUAACAGUGAAUUUGUCCAUUCUCCUCCUAAUUGCAUUUAAGUGAAUAUGCACAUAAUUGUUGCCCCAACGGUAUUCUCUUCCUGUUGAUUUGGUGUUUAUAUAUAUUUUUCCUAUGCUUUCUUCUUCUGUCUUUAGGUGAUUAAGAUUUUUAGUUUUUAUUUUAAUGGUUGGGUUUCCAUAAUGCAGGGAUUUAUCUGAUAAUUUACUGUAUGAAGAUAUACCAUUCUCAAUAUCCAAGCUUAAGCAGCUUGAGUUAUUGAAUUUGAAGAACAAUCAAUUGACUGGUCCUAUCCCUUCAACAUUAACACAGAUUCCCAACCUCAAAACUCUGGACCUUGCUCGUAACCAGCUUAUUGGAUACUAUAAUUACGAAGGCUCCAAAGAAACCCUCGUUGGUGUUGAGAAUGAUUGUCUUGACAUUUGCAAUGCUAUGUGGUCUUUAUAUCUGCUCAAUCUGUCUAAAGCAAAUCAGUACCCGCACAAAUUUUGGAUUGCUAAAUGUUCAAGUGAUCCAAAGACCGUGUGAGCCACCUAUUAUAGAAACAUGGGAAAAACUUUAUGUGCAUUAUCCGCAACCCAAAACUUUUAGCAGGGAUGAGUGUAAAUGCAACCCGGUGAGAUAUUUUGCCAUAAUCUCUACUCAGAGAUCCGGGAGUGGAUGGUUUGAGACAUUAUUAAAUAGUCAUAUAAACAUAAGCUCCAAUGGAGAGAUUUUCUCUGUAAAAGUCCGGAGGAGUAAUAUCUCAACAAUAGUCGAAACUUUGGAUAAAAUCUACAAUCUUGACUGGUUGACCAGUGCUUCCAAGAAUGAGUGCACCGCUGCAGUUGGCUUGAAAUGGAUGCUUAAUCAGUACGGUCAAAAUGCUAAGCCACUGAACGGAACACAUAAAUCUCAUGUGCAUUCAUCCCAUGAGGCAGAAAUACUUGCAAGUUAUAAACCUACAAUCGAUACAACACUGCUGAUCCCCAAUCUGAGGCAAGUAGAGGGAAUGACUGCCAAAGCUUUAGAAUACUUCAAGAGCACCCAACACAUUAUCCUAUACUACGAGGACAUAAUAAAAAAUUCCACCAAAUUGAAGGAUGUCCAAGAUUUUCUGAGGGUUCCACAGAGGGAUCUGAAGAGUCAGCAAGUGAAGAUACACAAAGGUUCAUUGUCCCAACACGUUGAGAACUGGGAUGAUAUCCAGAGAGCACUCUACGGAACGCCAUAUGAAAGCUUCCUCCAUUCAGAUUAUAACAUGUAAAACUUGCGUGCGCCCAGAGACACCAGAGACACCUGGUAGAUUUAGUAUGGAUGUGGAUAAUGAUCCAUUUUUUCAUUUUUUGAAAGCAAAUUAUUUUACAAAAGCUUUUGUAAUACAAGUUGGUCUAGUUGAUAAGAACAAGGCUAUGUGUGACUUUUGGCUGGUGUUGAUUUUUGCUGCCAUAGGACUGCUGAUUUUUUGGUUGAGAAUUAUGAAUUUAAUUUUUGAAUAUGUUAUUUUGUGGGUAAUGAUGAUUGGAUAUUAAAUUGAAUAGGAAAGUGAAUUAAUGCUGCAUUUAUAAUU